CCCGAGGGAGGAGGGCGUGCUGCAGUCCCGGCGGCGGCGGCGGCGGCUGGAGGUGCAGCCUCCCAGGUGGGAGGCGGGGGCUGCGGGCGCAGGAAAAGGCGCCUCAGGAGCCAGCGCUCGGCGGGGCCUCCUCCGGCCCCGGGCGCGGCGCGGCGAGUGGGAGCGAGCGCGCCGGGAGCACGCAGGCGCCCUGCUCGGCUGGCCCUCGGCCGGCGCGCGGCGCGGGAGCAGCCCGCAGCCCGCGCCCCGCGCCCCCCGCAGCUCCGGGGCCGCCCGCGGCCGGCCGUCGGGAGCGGCCCCUCAGCAGCAAGCUCGGGCCGCCGGCCCGGGAGAGCGCGCGGCGGCGGCGGCGGCGGCGGGACGGCCCCGGGGCCGCCCCGAGCGCGCCCUCCCGCCCGCGGCCACUCGCGGCCGGCGCUGGCCGGGCCGGCGCGCCCCGCAGGCAGCCGGAGCGCGGCCUCGGCCUCGGCGGGAGCGAGCCCCGGGCCGCAGGCGUUGGGAGGCGGCGCAGGCGGCCGCGGGCACUGACGGCGUCGCGGGGCGCUCCCAGGCGGCGGCGCAGCGGCGGCGGCGCAGGGGGCGGAGGCAGGGGGCGCCCCCAGCCAGGAUGCUGCGGUUCCUGCGCCGGACCUUUGGCCGCCGCUCCAUGCAGCGCUACGCGCGGGGCGCGGCGGGGCGCGGGGCUGCGGGGCUGGGGGACGAGCGCGACGGGGGGCCGCGGGGGGGCCCGGCCGCUGCCGCCGCCUCCUCGACGCUGCCCGCCGCGCCCGGGGGCAGCGUGUUCCCGGCCGGCGGCGGGCCCCUGCUCACCGGCGGCGCGGCCGUGCACAUCUCCGCCGCCGGCGCUGCCAAGGCCACCCUGUACUGCCGCGUCUUCCUGCUCGACGGGACCGAAGUGAGCGUGGACCUGCCGAAACAUGCCAAAGGCCAGGAUCUGUUCGAUCAGAUCGUGUACCACUUGGACCUCGUGGAAACAGAUUACUUCGGCCUCCAGUUCCUCGAUUCUUCCCAGGUUACUCACUGGCUGGAUCAUUCCAAACCCAUAAAAAAGCAGAUGAAAAUUGGACCUUCUUAUGCUUUGCACUUUCGAGUUAAAUAUUACUCUUCGGAACCAAACAACCUUCGUGAAGAGUUUACAAGGUACCUGUUUGUUUUACAACUCAGGCAUGACAUUCUUUCAGGAAAAUUGAAAUGCCCCUAUGAAACGGCUGUGGAAUUAGCUGCUCUCUGUCUACAAGCGGAGCUGGGGGAGUGCGAGCUUCCAGAACACACACCAGAGCUUGUGUCUGAGUUUCGGUUCAUUCCAAAUCAGACAGAAGCGAUGGAAUUUGAUAUCUUCCAGAGAUGGAAAGAGUGCAGGGGAAAGAGCCCUGCCCAGGCGGAGCUGUCCUAUCUGAAUAAAGCGAAGUGGCUGGAAAUGUAUGGGGUAGACAUGCACGUUGUCAGGGGAAGAGAUGGCUGUGAAUAUUCUCUUGGACUGACCCCGACAGGCAUAUUAAUCUUUGAAGGAGCUAACAAAAUAGGCUUAUUCUUUUGGCCUAAAAUUACCAAAAUGGAUUUUAAAAAGAGCAAAUUGACGCUGGUGGUGGUGGAGGACGAUGACCAGGGCCGGGAGCAGGAGCACACGUUCGUGUUCCGGCUGGACAGCGCCCGGACCUGCAAGCACCUCUGGAAAUGCGCCGUGGAGCAUCACUCCUUCUUCCGCCUGCGCACGCCGGGGAACAGCAAAUCCAACAGAUCAGACUUCAUCCGGCUGGGGUCCCGCUUCAGAUUCAGCGGGCGGACAGAGUAUCAAGCCACACAUGGCUCCAGGUUACGAAGAACCAGCACCUUCGAGCGGAAGCCUAGUAAACGCUAUCCAUCCCGGAGACAUUCAACGUUCAAAGCAACCAACCCGGUGAUAGCAGCUCAGUUCUGCUCUAAAACAAAUCCCGAAGUCCAUAAUUACCAGCCUCAGUACCAUCCCACCAUCCACCCCAGCCAGCCUCGGUGGCACCCUCACUCUCCAAAUGUAAGCUACCCGCUCCCUUCCCCAGGGCUCAGCAGCUCGGACCGGCUGCCUUUCGGCGUUGAGGAGAACGGGGGACCCAGCCGAGCCUCAGCCAGGCACCAUCACCAUCACCACCAGCACCAGCACCAGCACCACCCGAACUAUGGCCUCUCGCUGACUCUGGAGAACAAGGAGGGGCCUUCCAGGUCUCCAAACUCCAGCAGUAAAUCCCUAACAAAACUGAGUCCAGGACCGCCUGCCCUGUUCAGCGAAGCUGCCGCCCAUCUAAAGAAGCUGGAACUGGAGACCGUGAAGGCCCCCGGACCCUGGCCUGCUCUGCACAUCAACAUAAACAAGGCUGAAGAGAAAAAAGUAUCCGAGAAGACCCUUCAGACCCCGCUUCUGCCUUCCCCCGUCGCCGACCACGUGAAGUGUAACAUUUUGAAAGCCCAGCUGGAGAACGCAUCCCGAGUGAGUGCCCAGGUUGGAAAAGAGGAAUCAACGUUUGUAAAUAUCAAUAAGAAAUCCAGUCUUCAGGAUGCUAAUGUAAGAAGUCCUAUUCCUAUACGUGUGGAAACUACCCAGCCAGUAUUAGAAAAGCCGGAAAUCAAGCCUCCCCGAGUGAGGAAGUUAACAAGACAAUACAGUUUUAACCACAGUGAUGAAGACGACCUCCCUCCUGACCUGGCCGAGGCAGUAGGAGCGCCCACCGCCACAGCCACAAACACCACCGCGGCCACCACGCAAGUCUCCGUGCCACUGGUGUCCCCCAAGGGCCACAAACUCAGCUCACCUCAGAAUUCAGAAAGCAAGGGCCAGCUGUCCCCAGGGGCCAAGAGUCCCUCUGACCGAGGAGGUGCCUUUACCUUGGAGCCAGGCGAUCUCCUGAUGGACUUCACGGAAGCUACUCCUCUGGCAGAGCCCGCCAGCGCCCCCCACUGUGCCCACUCUCGCUGUUCUCCUCCACUCUCUCCCCCCAUGAAGGAAGAGACCACUGGAGUUUGCAUGCACCCUCCAAUCAAAACGAGGCUGAGCGAAAUCACAGUGUCCGUAUCGUCUCUCGUUUUUCCUCUCUUCGCUGAGUGUUGGAUUGUUUCUAUCUUGUUCUCAUCACCACAUUGUAUAUGACUGUUGCCUUCCAUCCAGUGCGUGGUCUCCCAUUGAUGGACACAUUCUUCCAGCAGGAUGCGUGCUUGGUUUCCAGCGUGUCACUAUUCAAGGGGACACAUAGCUUUUGUGGCGGGUAUUUUAUUUUCUUAGGCUAGACCCUGCUGGGUACAAGGUUGUGACUUUGGCUUUGCUCCCUUUCUAAAGCGGUUACGCCCAGGGGCAGCAGCAGAAGACUGACCAUGCUUUGCCACCGCCGAGCAACUCAGAGUGUAAUUUUGGGGAUAGAUUUUUGUCUUAUUUAGAGAAAAUACAGGAUAAUUCAUGGAAGCUGCCAAUGUUCACCUUUCUUUAAUAGCAGUAAUAAACCGCUUUUCCCUUUUACUUCAUGGUGGUCUGAGAGUCUUAUCUGACUGUGACUUUUCACUUUGCUCUUGGUCUCGGCACACACGCUGAACUGUUAGGCCCCGCGAGGAGAAGGCACCACAGGCUUCCCCUGGGUCCUCCCACUGUGUGGCAGGCAGCCGCCAGCAGCAGUCUGAGCUGCCACAAGGCAUUCAGGGUCCCAUUCUGGGGAUUCAGAGAUGUUUAAAGAGAGUUUGGGGAAGAGGAGCAGGCGUGGGCUGGGAAUCUCCGUGCACAUUGUAGAGACACUGUCCUUCUCAGAUUGGUUGGGAACUACUCCACCCAUUCCGAAAAGCCAGAUUUGGGUCUGUUCUGAUAUGCUCUCGCUCACCCCUACCUUAGCGCAACCACCCCCCCACCCCACCCCCCACCCCCGUUUAGAGUGAGUCCAGAGCAUCAGAUAACUACUCCAGGGUCCAUAGACAAGUCCCUGGGAGAGACUGCCCCUACCCAGGGUCUGCGGUGGCCUCAGUGUCCGGGCUGCCGCCCUCUGGUGGCAGGUGGCGAGAGUGCAUUCCCCAGCGGGUGGGAGGGCCGUUUCUGCGCCCUGGGGGCUGCAGGCAAAGCUAGUAGCAGAGUCCUUACGCUCCUGGGCCUCCUGGCAGUCCUCUAGGCUGCUGUAAAGACAAAAGCACACUCCACAUUCCCCAAGGCCUCUAUGGGGACAAAGACAAAUUGACCAAAGAGAAAGAAACAGAAGCAAAAUCUCCUUUCGGCCCUCCACCACUAGCUGAUCAGGUCAUUCGCUCACACUCCUUCAGACCAGCCCUGGGCAGCAGCCGCCCUAGCACUGGGCCCAUCUGAUCACAGUGCCCUGUGUCCCCAAGGCCAUGGUGGCGGGAUGCUUACAUGCUUACAGAGCCUGGCCCAAGGUUCUCCUCUGUGGCCGACGAUUUACAGGGAGUCCAACAACUGAGGGGAAGAGACAGGAAGCAGUUUGUGGCCUAAUUAGUGCAGGCUGCCUCCUGGUACUCCGUCCACCGUCGUAGAACGUGUCCCAGGAUGUGACCUGUCAGCAGCCUCUAGGGCAUGCCCCCCCAGCCAUGGGGAAGCCAACAGCAGCCACCGAGGCAGCUCUGGCCUGUCUCACUACACACCCUGAUCGAGGCCUUGUAUGGAUCAGGCCAUGCAUAGGGCCCAGCAUGCCUAGGAGGCCCACACAGCCUCCAGGAAAAGGAGUUCCGGGCCAGGUGAGCAUGGCGUGCCCUACAAACCUGAGACUGCAGCCUGUCCUCCCUGCUGGGUCCCUGGGCGCAGACACGACCACUGGCCAAGGGGCUGCAGGGACCAUCUAUACGUUUCCCUGCAAACAAUGAGGGCUCUGCGUGUGUUCCCCUGAACCCAUCACUUCGGUGUUAAAAGUGCCAAAGAUUUCAAACCUCUGUUUUCUAAUCUGAA